ACUUAUACCAAUAUAAUAGCGGCAUAGUCGGAAAACACACUGCGAGGUAGUGCGGUGGACCAUAUAAUUUUUUAAGGUCGUUGUUUUAGUUAUUUUACGUUAGACAGAUACGCUGCUUGCAAGGGCUCUUCCCAAAGCCGUGCGACACAAUGGGCAGACAAGGAAAGCAUUGAUACAUAAUUAGGAACGCAAAUCGCCCUCGGUAGCCGGCUACCAAGAAUGCGAAAAUGGCAACAGUGCAUUGAUUUAUGCAUGGAGUCGUUUAGCAAGUGUUAGUUGUAGCUGUAUCCUUCUCACGGUUAACGUGCCGCUAGUUAUUUUUCAAAAAUAGGCUUAUUUGCUAAACUUAAAGACGGCCACAGGCAACCGCUGCAUUUUGUUUUGUUGUUAUUAAAAGCAUAAUAUCAUAGGAAUAGGCUAUGGAAUUCCCGUUCGAUUUAAACGCUCUUUUCCUCGAAAGAAUUUCAGUACUGGAUCAUAAUUUGACGUCAGGGCGAAAAGCACUAGGAAGACCUGAUCCUCGGCAUCAAAUAUCGGCAGUUAUAGAUGAGCUAGGCAAAGCGUCGGCUAAGGCGCAGCAGUUGGCCGCGCCCAUCACCAGUGCUGCAAAGCUGCAGUCCAACCGACACCACCUGUACCUACUGAAGGAGGGGGAGAGCAACGGUGGGAGGGGUGUAGCAGUGGGGUUCCUGAAGGUUGGUUACAAGAAACUGUUUCUGUUGGACCAGCAGGGGGCACACGUGGAGAUCGAGCCUCUCUGCAUUCUGGACUUCUUUGUCACAGAGAACCUUCAGCGCCACGGCUACGGGCUGGAGCUCUUCAGCUACAUGCUGCAGCAUAAGAGGGUGGAUCCUGUGCGGAUGGCCUAUGACAGACCAUCUCCCAAGUUCCUGUCUUUCCUUGAGAAGCAUUACGACCUGAAGGAAAGUGUGCCUCAAGUAAAUAACUUUGUGGUGUUUGACGGAUUCUUCAGAGAUAGAUCAGGGUCGCUUCCCUCCCCCCUGAUGGAUCAGGGGAUGUUCAGCUUUUUCGGCACAGCUGAGAAAAGCUCUCCCAAAAAAGCCGGAAGGAGAGAUCAAACCGUACUCACUGACGGAGAGAGAGGUGGUGCGGGAGGAGCAGAAGGUGCUGCCCUGGCCGUUCGUCCGCCACACCCUCCCUCCUCUCUCUCCUCCUGUCUCCCUCCCUUCGCAGUACACUCGCUCCCAGAGCGUAAACUCAUCCCCCAGCCACGCCCCCUCCCGGCCCGGCCCCUCCCCGGGGGCCUACAGGGACCCCACCCCCCACGCCCAGUACCUGGAGAACUUGAACUGCAGGGCCAGGCGUACCAGCUCCCUUAAUCGCUCCCAGAUCUCCUUCAAUUGAGCUUUGACCUUUGACCCCUUUUUUCAGCCCUAGAACAGACCAGGGGGUGUGGCUUAUUACUUGGUUGAUUUUUUAUUUUUUAAGCCUUCCUUACUGUCCUUACUGACAGUCAUGGAGCAGUCGGUUGUGUACCACAGGGAAGGAUCCUCCACCUUUCCUCCAGCAGAUGGAGAGAGUAAAUAAGGCAGAGGUAAAGAAAGAGAGAAAGGAGGAUGGAAAAGAGAGGAAGAGAAGGCGGGAUAUUGUCCAGUAAAUCUGAUUGUCUUUCAAGUGAGCUGCAGAGCUAAUGAUGACCUCAGCUAGCAUACAAGCUGUUAAAAUGUCUCCUACAACAACAGGAACACUGGGGGAGGGGGACAUUUCACAGAAUAAAGUGUGGUUUUCUGGUUUGUUUGAUACUGGUGUAGUUUUAAAAUAUUUUUUAAUAAAUGGAUUUUUUUUAAACAACAGCAUUCCCAUCUCACAACAGCUGCUGUAAUUUGAAGAAUGCAGCAAGAACGGUUUGAAUUUGUUACAGAAUUGUUUGAAGAAAAAAGUUUUAUUUUUGGCAUUGCAAAAGAAAGGAAGAACAUUUUUUAAAAUUAUUUUUGGGUUUCAGUCAUUCAUAGCUGUUUUAAUUAUCUAAAACAAAAAUAAAAUAAUGAUGUUUUGGAUUUGUUUCCAUAUUUACCUCCCAUUUUAGGUAAAAAAAAAGAAAAAAAAAAGCUAGCCAGAAUCAGCUGCUCUGUAUGCCCAUGUCAUUGUUUAACUCCCUGUAAAUUUAGACUUGAUCAACAUGGCUGGUUGUGCUCUAAAUCUGCUUGGUUUAUCAUUAAUAAAUUGCGCUGCCUUACCUCAUUACUUCCUGAGUUAAUGUUGUUUAAAUGUAGUGUUGCCAGUCAGUGGGCUGUUGACCUAGCAAGUCGCAGUGGAUGAUACUUAACAAUAGGUGACUGAUUCGAGACUGUGGUUGUCUCUCAAUAACUUUUGCAAGGGCACUUAAUGUUUAAUUUUUAAUAAAUAAUAUUAAUAAUUAAUAUUUAAUAAUUUAAUAUUUGUCAGUUAUGAUCGAGGGCUUCCUACUUCGCUCUUAGAUUGACUGUGACCAUGGUGCACAUGUGCUUACAUUUGCUGGUUAAUUGCAAGUUUGUGUUUGCUUGCAUGUGUGCGCGCACUGGUGUGUGUAUGUGUGUGUGUGCGUGUUUGUGCACAGAUGUGUGUGUGCGCACACAGGUGUGUAUGUGCAUGCGUGUGUGGGCGCACAGGUGUGUGUGUACGUGUGUGUGCGUGUGUGUGCACGCGCACGCCUGUGUGUGUGUUCCUUCUGGAAGUUGUCAUUCUUGAGCUGUGACAUCACAUCGCAUUUUUGUCCUCCUGUUUAAUUGAAAAAUGUUUUAGCUUCAUUUUCUUCAGGUUUUAUUUCUUUAGCAUAUUUUGCUUUUUCUUUU